ACUUGAGGAUCUGAUGAGUGUGUUCAAACGACACUGUUGCACCGUUUUGGGCUUGUGAGAGGGACUGCUCUGCACUACUCUGCUCACUGCUUUGCGGUGUUAAUAUACUCUCACAGCUUGCAUUUGGCUGGCUGAUGUUUUUGUGAAUGAUUUCUGUUUUGACUGAAGGACUUUACAUCGCGGGUGCGAAGUGAUGUGAUUUACGCACGCCAGCGUUGGAUCAUGUUGGGAACUUUUGUCAACUUCAAUUGAACUCCACACAACAUUUCCCGAUCUUCAAGAGAAAGUCUCUGUGAGAAAGUUGUUACAACUUGUUAACAACAACAACAAUGACCGAGGAAAGUAAAGCAGAACACCGGGCGGAGAGCGGGAAGGACUUGGAGAAGCAGCUGCGAUUGAGAGUUUGCGUUCUGAACGAACUUUUGAAGACUGAGCGGGAUUAUGUCGGGACGCUUGAAUUUCUGUCGGUGUUUCUGCAUCGCCUCAAUCAGUAUGCCGCCAUGAAGAUAGACAAGAACAUCACAGAAGAGACUGUCAAGGUGUUGUUCUGCAACCUGGAGGCGAUCCUGGGUGUCCAUCGCCACUUCCUGACCAUGGUGGAGGACCUGCUGCACCCAGAGCCGCACGCACACCACGAAGUCGGGCGAUGCUUCCUACACUUUAGGGAGCGUUUCCAGAUCUAUGAUGAGUACUGUGGUAACCAUGAGAAGGCCCAGAGGAUGCUGAUGGACAUGAACAAGAUCAGGACCGUACGCACAUGCCUACUGAACUGCAUGUUGCUAGGAGGCCGGAAGAACACAGAGAUCCCAUUGGAGGGUUACCUGGUGGCGCCCAUCCAGAGGAUCUGCAAGUACCCCCUCUUCCUCAGGGAGCUGUUGAAGCGUACCCCCCGUAAGCACCGUGACUACAGUGUGGUGGCGGACGCUCUGACGGCCAUGAAGGCGGUGUGCUCCAACAUCAACGAGGCCAAGAGGCAGAUGGAGAAACUGGAGAUGCUGGAGGACUGGCAGUCACACAUCGAGGGCUGGGAGGGUUCCAACGUGACGGACACGUGUACGGAGAUGCUGAUGCAGGGCGUGCUGCUGAAGAUCUCGGCGGGAAACAUCCAGGAGCGAAGCUUCUUCCUCUUCGACAACCUGCUGGUCUACUGCAAGAAGAAGAACAGGCGUUUAAAGAACAGCAAGACGAGCACGGAGGGCCCCCGGUACCUGUUCCGCGGUCGCAUCAACACAGAGGUCAUGGAGGUGGAGAACGUGGACGAUGGAACAGCUGACUACCACAGCAGUGGCAACAUCGUGAACAACGGCUGGAAGAUCCACAAUACGGCGAAGAACAAGUGGUUCGUCUGCAUGGCCAAGACGCCCGAGGAGAAGCAGGAGUGGCUGGAAGCCAUCCUGAAGGAACGAGAGAGGAGGAAAACGUUGAGGCUGGGGAUGGAGCAGGACACCUGGGUGAUGGUGUCUGAGAAGGGGGAGAAGCUGUAUCAGCUGAUGUGUAAGCAGGGACACCUCAUCAAGGACCGCAAGCGCAAGCUCUCCACCUCCCCCAAGUGCUUCCUGGGCAGUGAGUUUGUGUCAUGGCUGAUGGACAUCGGAGAGACGGACAACCCUGAGGAGGGAGUACACCUGGGACAAGCUCUACUGGAGAACGGCAUCAUACACCACGUGACGGACAAACACCAGUUCAAGCCCGAGCCAGUGCUGUACCGCUUCCGCUAUGACGACGGCACCUACCAUCCCCGCAGUGACAUGCAGGACGUUAUCGCCAAGGGUGUGCGGCUGUUCUGCAGGCUCCAUAGUUUAUUCACUCCAGUGAUCAGAGAUAAGGAUUACCAUCUGAGGACAUACAAGUCAGUGGUCAUGGCCAACAAGCUCAUCGACUGGCUCAUUGCACAGGGUGACUGUAGGAGUAGGGAGGAGGCGGUGAUCUUGGGGGUGGAGCUCUGUGACAAUGGCUUCAUGCACCACGUUCUGGAGAAGAGUGAGUUUAAGGAUGAGCCGUUGCUGUUCCGGUUCUUCGCCGAUGAGGAGAUCGAGGGAUCCAACACCAAACACAAGCCCAUGAAGCACGACCUGAAGGUCGCAGAAAACCUCAUCGCAAAGAGCCUACUGAUAAGGCCUUGUGCGGGCGGCUAUGGCUUCACUCUGGAGGACCGAAACAGGGUGCCCAUCAUCAAGACAGUGGAGCAGGGCUCAUACGCAGAGAUGGCAGGGCUGGAGGCCGGCAGGAAGAUCUUUGCCAUCAACGGGGACCUGGUGUUCCUGCGGCCGUUCCAGGAGGUGGACGCGCUGCUCAGGCAGAACCUCAACAGCAAGGCCCCCAUCAGGGUAUUGGUCAGCACCAAGCCCAGAGAGACUGUGAAGAUUCCUGAUUCUGUGGAUGGUCUAGGUUUCCAGAUUCGUGGAUUCGGCCCCUCGGUGGUCCACGCUGUUGGCAGAGGUACGGUGGCUGCGUCUGCUGGGCUGCAUCCAGGCCAGUGCAUCAUCAAGGUGAACGGCAUCAACGUCAGCAAGGAGAGUCACGCCAGCGUCAUCGCACACGUCACCGCAUGCAGGAAAUACCACCGACCCACACAGCAAGACUCUAUAAAGUGGGUGUACCACAGCAGUGAGUGUGGCGAGGAGGAGAGCCAACGAGCCAAUCAGAAGCCAGAUCCAGAACAGAACGGAGAAGUGUUCCAGUGUAAAGUAGAAGAGGUGAUGGACAAGUUCAACACGAUGGCGUUGAUCGAGGGCCACAAGGAGCAGGUGAGCCUGACGGUGGACAACGUGCACCUGGAGUACGGGGUGGUGUACGAGUAUGACAGCACCGCCGGCAUCAAGUGCCACGUACUGGAGAAGAUGGUGGAGCCCAAAGGAUUCUUCGGACUCAGUGCUAAGAUCCUGGAGUCGUUUGCGUGUAACGACGAGGCGUUGGUGGACACGUGUACGCGCCUCAGCUGCAGUGCAGAGCUGCUGCCUCCUGAUCUGCAGUCGCGCUUCACUACCAUGUGCUCCGAGAGACUCGAACACGUCGCACGCCGGGCACAGAACUACCGCAAGUUCUCGCGGGUCCUUAAGAACCGGGCCUGGCCCACCUUCAAGCAGGCCAAGACCAAGGUGUCCCCCCUGCACAGUAGCGACUUCUGCCCCACCAACUGCCACAUCAACGUGCUGGAGGUGUCCUACCCCAAGACCUCCACCUCGCUGGGCAGCGCCUUCGGGGUGCAGCUGGAUAGCACACGGCGGAGCUCCACUCUGGAGAAGGGGGGGGCACGGAGCGGCACAGAGACGGGUAAGCUGGGCCCCAUGGUCUACGCGCAGCACACCAUCACCAGCAUGGCGGCUCCGUCGGGCCACAGCCUGGGCCGCACGGAGGGUCACGGGCUCCGCUUCCUGCUGCGGGAAGAUGACCUCAUCACCCUCGACGCCUACCAGCGCCUCCUCACCAAGCUCACCACCGUCGUCAAGGAGAUGGAGAACUACGCCGCGCAGAUACACGACCUCCUAUCGUCCAUCACAAACCCCACAACCUCCGAGGUGAAGCCGACUGAGAGUUACGUUUCUGCGGAGAGCGAGGGGGAGCGGGGCGAGCGUAACGGGAAGAAGGUGUGUUUCAACGUCACCGGCGACGAGCAGGAGGACUCGGGUCACGACACCAUCAGCAACCGAGACUCCUACAGUGACUGUAACAGCAAUCGGAACUCCAUCGCCUCCUUCACCAGCAUCUGUAGCAGCCACUGCAGCUCCUACGUACACAGUGACGAGAUGGACUCAGGGGACGAGAUGCCCACCAGUGUGUGGAUCUCUCACGACAAACAGAAGAAGCUACACGGCUUUCUGGAACACCUGUUCAGCCAGGUGGAGUCAAUAACCAGCCUGCUGAAAGGACCCGUGGUGGCCAAGGCCUUCGAGCAGACCAAAUGCUUCACCCCCACCAGAGGACUGCAAGAGUUCCAUCAGGAGUUGGAGCCUGGUGUCAGCUGUACUAAGCGUCUGCGUCUGCAGGUGCGGCAGGACCCAUGGAACCUCCCCAGUGGUGUCACCACGCUCACACAGGCCAUCGCCAAGGCAACCGAAGAGGUGAAGACACGGCUGCUAUUGGUGCUUCUUCAGUACACAGAUUCGGAGGCCCAGCUGCGGCGUGACAUGGUGCUCAGCCAGAGCCUGGUGGCGGCCGUCUGCAGCUUCAGUGAGCAGCUAUUGGCUGUCCUCCACCAAUCACAGGGCUGCGAGCCGGCCCUCAACCAAUCAGGGGGCUGCGAGCAGGACAGCCAGGAGGCCAGUAGACGCUGGUUGGAGCAGAUCAGUACGGCAGGACUCCUCCUACACUUCCAGUCCCUACUGUCGCCUAACCUGACGGAUGAGCAGGCUAUGCUGGAGGAUACACAGGUGGCCCUGAUCGACCUUGAGAAGGUGACCUUCUACUUCCGCCCUCUACAGGGAGAACCUCUGGUGGCCAAUAUGCCGGUGAGCUACCAUGUGGAGGGCUCUCGUCAGGCCCUGAAGGUUUGGCUCCACCUGGAGGAGUUCUACUACGAGCAGCUGCCCCUGCGCCUCCGCAACGGGGGAGGGGUCAAGAUAUACCCCGUACUCUUCACACAAGCUCUGGAGAGCAUGGAGGGCUACUACUACCGGGACAGUGUGUCAGUGGAGGAUUACCAGGCUCAGAUCAACACUCACUCUCUGGAGAAGGUCAAGCAGUACUACAAGAGACUCAGGUCCUUCUAUUUGGAUAAAUCCAACCUGACCCCGAGUUCAGCACCCAAAGCUGCCCUCAUAGACAAGCUUAUGCGUCCUCUGAACGCCCUUGAGGAGCUGUACCGGCUGAUGGAGAGUUUCAUCUCGACCCGGCGGACGGCGGCGUGCCAAUUCACGCCCUGCGGAGCGUCGGGGGUGGGGCUUCUCUCCGUGGCGUCCGAGCUGUGUAGCCGGCUAGGAGCCUGCCACAUCGUCAUGUGCAAUAGUGGAGUACACAGGUGUACUCUGGGUGUGACGCUGGAGCAGGCCAUUCUGCUGGCCAGGAAUCACGGCCUCCCCCCACGAUGCAUCAUGCAGGCCACAGACGUCAUGAGGAAACAGGGUGCCAGAGUGCAGAACUCCGCCAAGAACUUGGGAGUGAGAGACCGCACCCCGUCAUCCGUGUCAAGGCUGUACAAGCUGUGCCAGCCGCCACCUCCAGAUGGCGACCCUUGAACUCCGCAGCGUCCUGGGCAGCACCACGCCUCCUGUUUACCC